CUCGGAGAACCAGUCAGGAGUUGAAACAGUGUUUGGUGAACUGCAUCCCUUUAAACUGUCUUCAGUAGUACACCAGACGCGUAAAAGCCACGAUUGGUUUCCGUGCGCGUAUUUACGCAUUUAAAUCUUCAACAACAGAAGCAUCUUUUUAAUUACCGUUGACUAACAGAACUUGGUCAGCUUCCUGUGGAGAAGAAGAGCUAUGGAUUUUGUGCAUCUGGUUUGUUUGGCGCUGAGCAUCGGUGCUUGGUUCGCCUCUGCGGAGAGACACAGCGUCUACUGGAACAGCUCAAACCCACACUUCCUGUGGGAUGAGUACACAGUGGAAGUGCGCAUCAACGACUAUCUGGACAUCAUCUGCCCCCACUACACCCACGGCGAGGUGUCAUCGCAUGCAGCUGAGCGCUAUGUGCUGUACAUGGUGGAGAAGGAGGACUACGACGUGUGUAAACCUCACUCCUUUGACCAGCUCCGUUGGGAGUGCUCGCGGCCGUUCGCUCCCCACGCUCCCGAGAAAUUCUCUGAGAAAUUCCAGCGUUUUACUCCCUUCACCCUGGGCAAGGAGUUCAAACAGGGAGAGAGCUAUUAUUAUAUCUCCAAGCCAAUGCAUCACCAUGGCCAGGACUGUCUUAGGCUGAGAGUGGAUGUUGUCGGGCAUAAAGGCUCUGAAAAGACCCAGCCCAAGGUGUCACCCAAGGCAGAUGAUACCAGAAAAAGCAUUGAUGGAGGAAAAGGAUUUUUUCCUGCUGUUGGAGGAGUUCACAACCCAUCUAACCGGCUCCCAGCAGAUGACCCUGCUGUGAUGGAGCCAAAGGUUCAGAGGAGUAUCGGAAGUUCAGGAGCACAGCUGGUCUCCUUUCCGCUCUUCUUUACAAUGAUCCCAGUCUUAAUAGCCCUGAUGCUCCACUAAGGAUGACGGAGAUGCCAUUAGCAGAGACAAUUCUAAUCCAAUGCUGGUCAUUGGGACCAUGAACACUCAGAGACUUUUUUUAUAUCAAUUUUUUUUUUUAUACGAGCAUGGACAGCGUUGUUGGUGUGUGUUUGUGUGUUUGUUUGCGUGAAUGUGGAGCGUGGAUCGUUCCAAAGAAGAGGACCUCAAAGAUUCUUUUUUUAAUUACUUUAUUGUGAGGAUGGGCAUUCCUAUUUUGACCAUUUAAGAUGCAUACUUUUUCCAGUCAUAAUGAACAAAACUGCAAACGAAUUGGUCAAAAUAUUGAAUUGAAAAUGACAAGGGGAUUACAUUGUCUUUCAAAUUGUCAUACCAUUGGUACAGAUUUGCAUUGUACUCCUCAUCUCCAACUGUUAAUGUAAUUUAUCUUCUUCUACGUGUGGAGAAAUUAUUAAUUCUGUGUCUUGAAAACUGUUUUCAGCUACUGCCAAAUUGGUAUACAUUAUGUAGGAUUUUUGUCUUUUUUUUUUGUUGUUGUGUAGCACUCAGCUCCCUGUUAUAUCUCUUUAGUCUCUGUAAAAGCACCACUGUCACAUUAACACCGAUACAAAAGCAGACACUUUGAUUCAGGUGCUGCAGUUUAAAUUAACAUCACUAGAAGUUUCACACAAGACAACAAAUGGUCUAAUCCAGACCUGCGGUUCUCAACCUUCUUUUCUCCUUUUUUGGCUCAUGAGCCUUUUAAAGUAAUGCCUACUGCUGCUCAUGCAGAUUAAACAGUAAUUUAUAUAUUUUAUAUUUGGUAAUGUAAUUCAGAAGAAAUGCACCCAAAUUAAUUUGGAUCCUAGAAAUAUAUAUUCAUUUUUGUGUGUGUGUACGUGUGUGAAUGUUCACUCCUCUUUUAUAUUAUAUAUACAUACAUCCAUAUUCUCAUAAGGUUGAGAGCCACUGAUCAAAAGAACAAAACAGAUACACUAACAGGGGUUUUAGGGAGCUGAGCUUCAUCCGUACUUAUGGUUGUUCUCAUUUCUACUGUCUCAACAGUAUCAUGGUACACUGGCUCAUGUGCAGAUGUGAUCCCACUCAUACACUGUCAAACCUCAAACUGAAGGGACUUCCCAGAAUACAAUUGUUUUCUUGUUAAACAUGCUUGUGUCAUUUUGUAAGUGUUUAUAUGUAAAUUUGUAUAUAGAGAAAACUAUAAAACUGUUUUAAGAUGUGAAAAAACUGCAGAGAAAUAAAAAAAAUUUGAUGUUAUAA